UCGACAAGGCAGUUAUCAUUCGUACCACAACAAUAUCUCUCUUGUCUCUCGUCUGCCUGUCCCUCUCGUCUCCACCACGCACCACGCACCACGCAUGCACAUCGCCGUCGGCCGCGCGCCUCCAUCUGCCCCAGCGGCCAGCCCCACACGCCGCCCACCACCUACGGAGUACGUGUGAUCGCUUCACCAAUCUUCUCUUCACGCGCCGCCGUCCAUGGAGGGAGAAUCAAGCUUGCGAAGACGGUUCCUGCACGUGUACGUGCGACGUUCCCGCAGGUAUGUUGCAGAACAGCUUCAAUCUCUGCCGGAGCAAUCUACUCCCAUGCCUACACCGCUUAGGCGGUCGAGUAGGGUCAAGGAGUUGGAGCAAAACAAGAUGAUGAUGAAGCGGAAGGCCUCAGUGACACUGGCUAAAGGUCUGAAGAAACGGAUACAAGCCAAGAUCGUUGGCAGUAAACAAUCUGGCACUAGCAUGUUACUGGCGAGGAGGCGGUUGGAUUUCGAGCCAGCAACUUUGCACGACGAUCCGGUUUCAGCCAGUGCAAGUGCUCCUUCUUCCCCCCAUACAUUUCAGCGGGGGUCUUGUAUCCAUACAUAUCACAGGCGGGGCUUCAAGCUGAUGCCACAUAAGGCAACCCCAAAGUCUGAUGACCGGAUAACAAAGCAGGGUGCUGCUGCAAAGAAGAUGAGCACCACAGUGACGAAACUGAAUACGAGGAGGAUGAUGGACAAUCAAGAUUCAGCGAGUGCAAGUGCUCCUUCUACCCACACUACUCCACAGAAAGCGGAGCGCACCCCUAGGAGGCUACAGAAGAUUUCACUUCGACUAAAGGUGGAGAAAGAUAAGGCGGCAACACCAGCUAGAGUGCAAAACAAGCCGCGGGGAGGGAUGGAAAGGAAAACUAGGCAAGGAACCGAGUUGGCUACUGUUCCCUACCAGAAGUCUCCAACUGGCCGGUCGCCCUCGGCAAGGCUUAGGGUAGACCUUGAUGAUGACUCGCUGCGAGUAUAUCAUGCCUUGCUGCAGUGGGAAAAGGGCUACAGCGAGAGUUUCGAGGGGCUGAAUAUUGGCAGCGGGCCUGAAUGGCAUAAAACACGGCAAGAUUUUCAAGUACUAAUAUAUGAAUUUAUUUCUGCCGUGAGAUGUUUAUUUGGGCCUGGACCAUUUUCUCCGUGUGAAGCAUCAGUAGUUGACUCUGUGGUAGGUACUUUCCUUACACAAAAUGCUGCUGAUCAUUUGUCAAGCGAUGCUUUUAUGAACUUAGCCGCAAAAUAUCCUGCAAGGCAGAGCAGUAGUUCUGAAAACUGCUCAAAUGAAGCAUCAGAUGCCACUGAUUUUGACAGUUCGGCCUUUGCCGAGUCUGUCUAUUCUGAUGAAGAAACCAACUACGGUGACGAGGUAAAAGGCCAUCAUGAUAAAGACUACGAAAUCUUUAUGGAGAAUUUCGUAAAUAGCAUGAAAGGGGAACACCCAUCUAGCUGGACCGACGAAUACCUUGAGAAUCUGAUAAAGGAUAAGCCUCGAAAUAAAAAAUAUUCUCUACAGACCUUGAAACGUCUCAUAGCCACGCUGCGGGUGAAAGAUACUUCGCACUGGGAUGAGUUAAGAAAGCAAGCAUAUAUACAGGGAUAUCGGAGUGGUACAGGAGUAAGCGACUUGGUAGAUUGGGAAGCUGUACUUCAUGCAUCACCUGCUGAGGUUGCAAGAUACAUUGCGGUCAGGGGGAUGAACUAUGUCAUAGCAUGUCGGAUACAGGCUUUUCUUUUGCGCAUAAAGACAGAUCAUGGCAACUUUGAUCUAGACUGGCUUCGGCAUGUACCACGUGAAAGCGCAAAAAACUACCUUAUCAGUAUUGAUGGAAUUGGAUAUAAAAGUGCCGACUGCAUUCGGCUUUUGUCACUGGAGCAUAAAGCAUUCCCAGUUGACGUGAACAUAUGUCGCAUAUGCAUAAGGCUAGGGUGGGUGAAACUUCAGGGCUUACCCGACUCCGUGGCCUUUCAUUUGAUCGAGCUAUAUCCAAUCCUGAGAGACGUGCAAAAAUAUUUAUGGCCAAGGUUGUGCACUGUUAGCAAGAAAAUAUUGUACGAAAUGCACUGCAAAAUGAUAACAUUUGGAAAGGUAGUCUGCACAAAAGUAGAUCCGAAUUGUAGUGCCUGCCCUUUUAGCACAAGAUGCAAGUACUACAAUAGUUCGACUAACAGGGCACUACUUCCCCCUACAAAGAAGCAUGCUGAUGAACCUGGUGAAGAUAAAACAAGCAUGUCCAAUUCGUCAAAUUGUAGCACUUCGAAUUCGCUGCAAGUGUAUCAACUUCAGAUGGACUUGGGCAGAACGACUGAAAAUCAACCCUUCCGCGACUGUGUGCCCAUUAUUGAGGAGCCACUAAGUCCUGAUUAUGAACACGUAGAAGAACUUGAUGAGCAAGAACAAGCACUUCAAGAUGAUCUUCCUGACAUUGAAGAUUAUUAUAGACCACAAGAAUCGCAGUACGAUGCUGAAAUCGAUCUGCGUUCACACAAUCAUAUGAUGAAUGAUGACUCCUGGAUAGGAAACCAUGGAAAAGACAUAGUACAGAGCAAUCCACAAUACAUUUUGGGUCAACAGAAAGAAGUGAAAAACAUAGGCCAUCUGAGGACAGAGCACUAUGCGUAUGUGCUCCCAGAUGACCAUAUAAUCUUGAAAGAGUUUGAAAAGAAACAUAAGGAAGACCCCCAUCAUUAUCUCCUAGUUACUUCCAGUACUGACGAGCACACGGUGAAAGGCACAAUUCUGAUACCCUUUCGGACAGCGAUGCGAGGAAAGUUUCCUUUAAAAGGUACCUACUUUCAGGAUCACGAGGUAUUUGCAGAUUACUCGUCUAGCCAUUAUCCAAUAAGUAUAGAUACAAAAUAUUUACAGGGCCUGAACAGAUGCGUUGUAUACUUUGGUGCAACAAUACAGUCGAUCACAAAAGGUCUAACGAGACAAGGCAUCCAGGACUGCUUCAAGCGAGGAUAUGUUUGCCUAAGAGCCAUUGACCGGGGAUCAAGAUACCCAAGAAGAUUAUGCCCCUCGCUGCAUGCCACUAACAGAAAGAAAGAUAGCGUUGGAAGCUACAGAAAGAAAACCACGAAACCGUCGCAAGGAAAGGGCAAGAAGAAGGAGGAGGCAGGGCGCAGUGAGAAAAAAGGACGGGGCAAAAGGGCGCGCCAGGUCGCUACUGUACCCGUCCCUGACACCCUUGGGUCAGAUGACUGGCCUUCGGCCGGUACAAGAGAGCACAAGAGGAAUAGGAAGUACCUGAGACACGACUGGGUGUGAAUCACACCCAUCGUGCGGCCGGACCCAAAGCAUAGUGACUGGACCGUUUAAGAUCAUUUGCUACCUGUUUCCCUUCUCGGCCGCCGUCGCCCUUAUUGUCUAUUUCCCAUUCCAUUGUACUACGUCUCAUUGUUAUUCGAAUCUAGAUCUUGUAUCAUAGCAGCUACCUGGCUUGCAAGCGGAGAAUGGGCCAAGGAAUGCGACAUGUAAUCAUUGGGUGGUAGACUAAAUAGAAUCCACGUAAAGAUUGAAGCUGUUUCUUAUGUCUCGCAGCUUUUCAGCUGCCAAA